CCCGCCCCGGCGGGCGAGAGGGGUGAUGUCAUUGCCGAGCGGGCAGGGAGUGGGGGCGCGCCGCGACUCAUUGUGCUCCGCCGGCGCCGCCUCCCGCUGCCGCCGCCGCCAGCGCCGGGCCCGGCGGGGCGGCUCCUGCACCGGCCCCGGGCGGCCUCCACGCGGGCUUCACCCCCGCCCGGGGCGGCCCCGCUGCUCCGGCCCAGGGCUGCCCAGCGCCCGGCGGCGGCGGCCCCGCUGCGCCCGCCGCGGGGGGUGCGCGGUGCCCGUGCCGCAGCAGCGGCCCCGUCGCGGUGCCCCCGCGGCUGCCAGGCUGCACCCGCCGGCGGCCGGCUGCGCCCCGGCUCCCGCCUCGUUUUAUGGUCGUGGAGAGGGAGGGAGAAUCCCAAGCCAGGCCAAGCUAGUGGGAGAUGCUAGUCAGCACCUGUGGUGGAGUCUUGUGGCUCUCCAGCGCAAGCUGGGGCUCCCGUUUCUGGCUCUGGAGCUUCCUUUGUCCGGUGCUCGCUGUGACAGCCAAGCUGGCAUCCGUCAGUCCGCAAAGUGUGGUGCUCGCUGUGAUUUCUGUGGCGUGUCCCAGGCAGCUGCGUAAAUGAGUAUGGAAGAUUAUGAUUUCCUCUUCAAAAUUGUUUUAAUUGGCAACGCCGGUGUGGGGAAGACCUGCUUAGUCCGCCGCUUCACUCAGGGGCUUUUCCCACCAGGUCAAGGAGCCACGAUUGGGGUUGACUUUAUGAUUAAAACCGUGGAGAUUAAUGGUGAAAAAGUAAAGCUGCAGAUCUGGGACACGGCAGGACAAGAGCGAUUCCGGUCCAUAACACAGAGUUACUAUCGCAGCGCCAACGCGUUAAUACUGACCUAUGACAUAACCUGUGAGGAGUCUUUCCGAUGUCUUCCCGAGUGGCUGAGAGAAAUAGAGCAGUACGCCAGCAAUAAAGUCAUAACCGUGCUAGUCGGUAAUAAGAUUGAUUUAGCUGAUAAGAGGGAAGUCUCCCAACAAAGAGCUGCAGAAUUUUCCGAAGCGCAAGACAUGUACUAUCUGGAAACCUCUGCAAAAGAAUCAGAUAAUGUGGAAAAACUCUUCCUGGACUUAGCUUGUCGCUUGAUCAGUGAGGCACGACAGAACACCCUUGUGAACAAUGUGGCAUCCCCAUUACCAGGAGAGGGGAAAAGCAUCAGCUAUUUGACUUGCUGUAAUUUUAAUUAAAGAGCUGGCACGUGAUUCCCCAUCCCCCAUGGGCCAAGAGGAUUUUUACUGGGAUUCAUCUCCUUGAAAGGAAUUCCUGCCACUUUGACCCAUCUGACUUACCCCUGAGUCAGGUCGCAGAUCUAGAAGCAUGGCAGGCUGACAGCUCCAGCUGCAUGGCAACAUAGCAGAAUAUAACAUGGUUUAAUUUUAAUUUUUUUGCAGUCUCUGGAGUUGGUUAGGAAAAGAAGAGUUGCACAAGGUGUUUCAUGUAAUGGAGAACAUGAGCUGUUGUAUUUCCUUCUGUAGGAGACUAGAACAGCCUCUCUUGAAGAAGAUACUGAAGAAUUCAAAAUCUCUCUUACAGAAUGAUGUGUUUGGUCCUUUUUAAAAAAAAAAAAAAAAGAAAAGAAAAAAAAAAUGAACACUGACCCUGGACUAUACUGGCAAUCUUCUGGGCUGCCAGCCAAUGAGUUCUUAGGACAUGUAUAUAGAGUCUGUUCACAUGUCUUCAUGGAAGACUCUAGUGUUUGAAUCAGUGUUAUGUCUCUCAUCUACAGGCACUUUCAUGAACAUGAAAUUUAAAAAAAAAAAAAGAAAAGUUAUAUAUAUCAACACUUCCAAACAAUGGUUUGAGAAGAGAUAUGGAUACAGCUCCCUUGCUCCCUUUGGUGCUAGCAGUUCAGCAAAUAUUCCAUAGACCAAACGUAGUCUUACUACAUUACUGUCCUCUGAAUGUGUAACUUAGAAUAAUUAGGAAAAAGAACACUAAUAAGCACUGCUCAUUUAAAAAAAAAAAAAUCUCAUUACCUCUUUUUCUAGCCCAAACAUAGUGGGUAAGGACUGUGCUUUUUUGAUAUCCAACAUAGGAUGAAAAGACUUUCCAGAAAUAAAAAAAAGAAUAACAAAUCCUCCUCAUCCCUAAUUAGUAAUGUCCUUAUGUGAAGAAUUAGCUUUGGGAAAUUUUUUUGCUGGAGUUGGAAAAAAUGCACCAGACCUGACCAAAAUAUUAUGCGUGCAUUGAUUGUGUAUAAGGGUUCAAAGAGAGCACAGUUUUAAAUGGCAGUCUGCAAUAUGUUUGAAUAAAUAUAAAGCUUGUAGAUACCGUUCUUGUUGAAAAGCAGGCGUACAAUUUUGUAGAAUUUUUUUACGCUAAGUGAAAAUAGCAACAGGUUGCAAGUGGUGUCAUUCUGUGUCUAACUCAUCCAGCAAUCACCGUAUGGAACCGUACUCUGAGACGCUCUUAAAGGUAUUUUCUUGGCAUCUGUUCUCUUUAGAGUAGCUUUCAGAUUCAGGGCUGUAGACUCAUUUAAUUUACUUGAUGCUUUGUACUCCUACAUCUCAGACUCUGGUGUAUGUAUAACUGUUUAGGCAAUUUCUUUCUACAAAACCCCUGAAGUGGAAGCAUUACGGAAUUUGUUGUAUUAUUACACCUCUAGUGCCAUACUCUAAUAAUGCAUUGCAAAUUUGCAUGUUGACAUUAAAGCAAAAUUGGAAGACAGGUGAAUAUGCACAGGAACAAUGGUUUUUUAGAGUUCAAGAUCAUUUUAGCUAAUCUGGAUGAAAAUUACCUGGCAAUUACAUGGCUGUGAUAUGCUAUAAAUUAGAAUUAAUCAGCUUAAUAUCAUUUGGCACUUACUGAUGAUUAUAACUGAGCUUUUGUGUUGACAUAAAAAGCUGCCAAUAAGUAGUUCUUGAAAAUAAAAAAAAUAGCAUUUUCAAAUGCUUUUUUGCAGUUUCCUAAAAAAUAACCCCUUCUUUGAGCUAUAUCAUAUUGUGCCUUUGAUCUUCAAUGGGAACUAACUAUGUUUGUGUGUUUGAGAGAGGUAAGAAUAGUGUAUAAUAUGGCCAUUUGAAUGAAUAUUUUAUUGCUAUUGUUUAGGUCACUUCCUUCUUGUAGAAGUUGUGGUACAAGACUUGUUUGUCACUUAGGUAACGUUUUGCAAAGUGCUGCUGUAAGUGUUAGAUGUUGGGGAAAUGUCAUCUGGCACGCUGGCCUUUACUGCUUCUUUUCAGUCUGCUCAUUCUGUAACCCAGAGGAUUUAGAAAUGCGUGGAACUUCCAACUCUGAAAGACCAUCCAGCUCUGAAAGAGCUGGUCCUCUACAGCUCUUAACUCUUGUUUAAAGCAAGACCCAUGAGGUUAUAUGUAAGAUAAUACUGGAGUUAGAAAUUAAUAUUACAUAUAUUUAAUUUGUAAAAGUUCUUACUCUCUAGAUGGUGGACUUGUCAGAAAGCAUAAAACUUAAUAACAAAUAAGGCAGGGCUAUUUGAUCAAGUUAACCAAGGAGGAAGGAGACUGCUCACUACAGCACGUGUGGGUGGCCUUAUUUCCUAAAGCAUCAAAGCUUCAGGUGUAACUGUCCAACACACUCUCCAUCUAUUCAAUCUCCCAAAAUUUUGGGAUUGGGAAAUUUUGAAGCUGUUGGCUGCUUUCAAGAUGACUUGAUAGAGAGGUGCCCAUCACAAUGACAGGAAGUUUCUGUGCAUUUUUGAAAGCUGGUGUUUAGGUAGGAGAGACGGAGCUGAAUUUGUGCCCCGCUGAAGGAAAGAUAGGGACAACUCAGCCUUUAACUGUUUGUUUUUCUGGCCAGGCAGCACACGCAGAAACAGCUCUGUGAGAUAUACACACCUCUGUGGUACAGUUGUCAUAACUGGAUGAUCUUGCUGCAGCUUAAGACCAGUGCUAAUAAAUUUGGCAUGAACAUCUGUUGCUAGUGAAAAUUAGAAUAUUAUAGAAAUAUUUUUGAGCAUCACUGAAGGAAUCAUGUUAAAACACCAGUGGGAGGGGAACAAAUGGAAAAUGAAUAAUGAUCAUAGGCAUAAACUUGAUUCUGAGGUGGACAUGUACUUUGCAUUCCUGCUGAGUACCACUAUGAAUGCAUUUUAAAAUGCUCCUUGCAUCACCUCUGGAGGUUGAACACUAAUGCAUCAUCAUGACUGAACAAGCUGAAUUGAUCAAAUAGCAGAAAUUGCUCACUUUAUUUCCUUGAAUAUUCACUCUGAGGUUUCUAGAAGGCUAUGUCUCUUUUCCAGUGCUUUCCUACCCCUUGGCCGAUGAUUUUGUAUACUAGCUGCCUACCAGUUGGCAACUGUCUGUUCUGUUGCUAACAAAUCUUUCAAGAACUCCAUCUCCAGACAGGGAUGUGCUGCUCCAGUGGAGUGCUGCAAUUGGAUUGACGUAGCAAUAAGGUAACUACUCCAGGGACAAAUCCAAAAUCCAUCCUUUCAAAAUUUACUCUGGGCCUGAGUGCUUUAAGUCUAUUUUGUUACAGGGUUGAAAGGAAACAGUGGUUGCAUGUUCACCAUUUUAUAAGGUUGUAAGCUAAAGUUGUAGUUUGAAUUUUUUUUUUGCAGUUACUGAACACUAGCUGUUCAAUAAGUGACAUUUUGUCAUGAUAACUCCUUUGCAGGAGUUAUUUUUAUACACCUUCAAAUUUUUAUCUUUAGUGCGUAGAACCCACUUAUCCUUGUGGGUUUGAGGGCUAAUCUUCUCUUCUGCAGUCUGGUCCUCUGCUGAAGGCUUUACAACCAGAAGAGGAGCUUUAUCAACUGCAAACGACAAUUUAACAUUGUGGCACAUUGGUCAAAGAGUUGAAAAAUAGCAGGAGAUUUUUUUAAAAAGUCCCUAUUUUAUGGCAAUCAUCUCUCCAUCUAUGACAAACACCUUCUAGCUAGAUAAAUGGAUUUUUGCAAGAGAACAGUCAGCAAAAAGUACGAUGCUCGCUGGGUCAAGAUCCAAAAGCUGGGCAGAAUUGGUAUGAUAGGGCCAAAUAUGACUGGAAAUGUUCCUUACUGACAGGAGUAUAAGGUAUUGGCUUUAGUGCAGUUGCUAGAUUUUGAUGCGUUUUUGAGGACAAUAUAUUCACAAUCAUGGAGUAAUCUUACUUCUGUGUGAACAUGAAUUUGUAUAGUAGUCCCAUAAUGACAUCAUCUGUUCUUUAAACUUCUUACCACAAUGACUAGCUCCAAGGAGAAGCCAAUAUGGAUGGUCAACAGAUGUUUGCCUACAGACAUAGCAGACCUGUUUGGAGAGAUUAGUAAAGGUAUCUUCUGAAAACCAGGUAAUCUAAACUCUGUUUUUCAGAUCAGCCACUGAUUCCAUCAGGCUGAUCUUGGAUAAACCACUACAUGAUCUGUGCUUCGGAUCACUAUCUGUAAAAUGCUUUCACUAAUAUUUUGCAUUGGCUAUUUACACUGCAAGUUUGUUGGGGCAAGCUGCAACUCCCUUCUGUUCCUAGUUGUGUUUCCCAUAAGAGAGAGACUGCUGGGAAAAAACUUCUUAACUCCUCUUCAGGAGAAAGAAAAGGUCAAGAGUUAUGAUGGAAAAAGUGAAAUUAUGAGCCCUAAAAAGAACAGGACAUUUUAAGUCUCUUCCUACCUCUCAUGUUGAGGUUCUGAUUUGAUCUUCAGGUAAGUCAUUGGAGCAUGCAGUCAUUUACAUGCUUGUGCUGAAUGCUAAAUGGCUUUGUGAUCGCUAUUCAAUAAAAACAUACAUGACAAAUUAUCAGACAGGAUACUUGGGUUUUGCUGUGGAACGCAUGAAGCAACUCUUAAUCUGUUAGCCUUUUAGUGCUGUUUGUCUCUGGAAAUAGCUAUACCAGUUACAGUGGGCUCCUGCUAGUCUAGGUUGAGUGGCUAAUGGCUAUUGAAUUCCUUCAGCAUCAGCAGUAAUGGCAGCAGACUGAGGUUCACACUGCAGACAGUGGUUUGAAAAGAGGGAAAGUGGAAAUUAAUGAUGCAGGAGCAGAGUGGGUGCACACAUGUAGGACAACGACUUUUCCUGAGCUUUUGUUGACAAGGGAUGCAAUUAGUUGUAGUCAAAACUACUGGGUUUUGCACUGUUCAUUAUCCCUAAGGAUUGCUGUUUGUUCAGCUGCUUUUCCACUUGGGUUUUUUUCAGCAUGAAGAACUGUCCAUAAAAUCCUGCUGAGAUUUUGAGCUGGCAAAAUUCUGUGUUCACAGGCUGAAUUCACUUAGAAAAUGUGAAAAAUUCUCAAAAUGAGAAAAAUUUUCAAAUACCAGAGUGAACAUGCAGGAUACACUGCCCUGGGGGAGCUGUGGUACCAUCAUGGUCAGAUAUGGCUGUGAACACAAAAACAGCAACCCUCUCACGGCUAAUUGCCAAUUUGGCACGAUUUUGAUUGCUCUGGAUUUUAAUAAGAGACACUUUGAACUUGACUUUCAUCUGAGUUACUCUAGGAUUCUGUUGCUUCCAAUAUCAGGGUAUCCAGUAUCCCUCAUAGGUGCUGCUCCUAUAAAUAUAUAUUGAGCAGAAGAUCUUUUUGAGUUUAUUCCAUUAGAAAAGUUGGUUUUGGAGGAAGCCUUGUGAAUUCCUAGUGAGUGAGUGGGAGAUUGUCCUAAAUGUUGAUGGUCAUAGUUUAGGAUUUGUCUUGCCUAGGAAAAUAGGCAACAGGGUAAUCCCACUGAUGUGGAUUCAUGAUGCAAGACUCCCAACAGAGCCUGCUGUGUUGAUCUGACUGUCUUAAUCACUAAGCUGGACUGACCCAAAGCUUCCUUUUGCUACACUGCAUUAUAUGUAGCUGAGAUAGAUUACCAGCUAUCGUCACUCACGGAUGCAAUCACACCAUCAUGUGAAUGAGCUGUGAGCCAUAUGAGUUAAGUUUUUCUUAAAGCUGGGAGCCACAGAUGCAGAGAAAAGCUCAUCUCUGAUGCAUUCAGCUCCAAAUACACUCAGCUUGGAGAAAGACAACCUGGAUAAAGCAGGAGCCGAGAUGACAGAAUGAAUGUAACUAGGCUCUAACUGUUGUCAGUGAAAGAUUAUCCUGGUUUUAAGCAUGUAGCCAUGGUUAGCAGUUCAGCUCAUCUGUCCAUGGAUAACAGGACUGGCUAUGGUGUGUACUCUGAGUUUGUCUCUGUUUUGGCAUUAAUGACUAGUUAUUAACAUUUCCUGGAUGUGAUCCGUUUCUUUGAGGUUCUUUUCCAGCAAGGUUGGAAAAUAAUUUUAGCUCUGUUGAGUGCCAUUAUGAAAUAAAUGAGUCUCAGAGACUGAAGAAGCAGACAGCACCUUUACCACUGCCUUUGGUACCACUGCUUAUCAUGGGGCAACAUUCACAAAGACCUGCACAUCUGUGAGUGCAUUGAGGCUGUGCCCCUGCCAAGCAUCUUCUGAAGAUCAGCCCUGGUGCACAGCUGCACAACAUGGCCAAAACUUGUGUCAGUUAUCACAGCUUCAGUUGUGCUGGUGGAGCGGCACGGGUCUACCUGCGGAGAGGGAAUGCUAGAAGUCUUCUGUUGUCAGAGGCAGCGAUCAAGGGCUCUGAUGCGCCUGGUGUCAUACGAAUGCCAACCUCAGAGCUUGUCAGAGCUGGGGAAUCCCAACUCCUUGGGUAUGUUUCAUCCAUGAAUCUGUCCAUUCCCAGUACUGCUUAUGCCUUGGAGUGGUGCCGGCACUGUGGCAGCCCUGUGAGAGGGGGGAACCAAAGUACCGUGGAGGUCUUAGACUGGAAAUGGGCUGGGCUGGCUGUGUGAACUACGAGAUCUGACUCCUGCUUUAACUAGAAGGAGAAGCAUCUGUUUAUCUUCUGCGCUGUCUCAAAUUUCUUACUAAGACCACAUAAAUCUGAGUAGCCUGUUCUCAGCCAGCGUAGUCUAUAAAGAAUGUUUCCCAUUUUACAGGACCAGUGUGAGAGAUUCAGAUGUUAAGAGCCAUUGGUGGUUUGGGUCAAGUGAAUAAAUUAAGGCAGGUGGACUCUGCUCUCAAUCCACUGAGAUUUGCCAACUGAUGCGAAGAGUCAUUCUGAGCUGCCACUUUCGUAGCAGUGUGAAUAUCUCUGAGGGUCUGGACUGCAUCACUGGUACUAGCUUUAGUAAAUGAAAUGGUCUUGCUAUCCCCAGCAGCUAAGCUGUUAUGGGGGAAGUGGAGGAAAGGGUAAUAUUGUUUUGGUAUUUUAAUGGAGUGAGAGCAAAAUAUUUGGUUUAUGACAGGGAAAGCAGCAGUGAAUUCAGGCACUGCUAUUCCCUCAACUCUUGCAGACUAUUUGGAAGAAAGCCUUACAGUUGGCCUCCUCAAACAGUCAGCACUGAAGGAAAAAAAUGAAAGCUACUUAAGCCAAUAUUUUUUUUGGGGAAAAAAGGCCAUCUAAUGAGACAAGUGAGGAAGCCCAGAGCUAUUGUUGCUAUACAGGUUUUGAGCUACAAGUCUAUCUCUGAAUAUUAGAGAAACAGUUUAAAAUGUGCCAUGGGUUUUUAGCAUAACAAGAUGCAUUGCAGAUAUGUCACAUCCAUUUCAUUCCCCGCAGCUGUUUACAAAAGAAAAAAAAAAUCCUGAGACUGGAGCAGCUGCAGUCACUCAACUGUCAAUACGGGACAAGGCUCUCUCUGCUCCUUUUCAUUUCCACUUCACUCUGUUCUGCUGCACGUAUUUGGCUGUUCUGUGAAUUUGCAGAUUAUGAUAUUUUUUUUCUGACUGCCUUUGAUCUAUGCAGACUCACCCAGCUCUCCUUUGAAUUCAUUCAUACUUUCAAUAGGCAUUUUAAUUUUAUGUUUACUGGCUUUUUCCCCUUUGUAGUGUUACCUAAUUGACAAGUUUUUUGUAUUCUGUGUUACAUCUAGAUUGUUGAGUCUAAAAUGUUUCCUCUUUCCUGAGAGCUACAGUAAUUUUAGAGAUUUAUAAAGGUAUUGUUGUUUCCACAGAAGAGAAAACUGAUAUAUCUUCAGCUUUGAUAGCUAAUAAAUCAGUAAUGAAGCAUGUAAUUCCUUUUACAGCAUGAACUAAGUACAUUUUAUACCAUCAGCUGUAGUUUGAAUUGUAGUUUAAAAGCCUGCUUACAGACUAAAACCAGCAUUCUGUUUGCAACUUCCAUGCCAGUGAAGCCACAGGAUUAAAGGAAUUUCCUGGAUUGGAGAUUUUCCCACACGUUCAGCUGUUCUGCAAAGAUCUGCUGUUUUUUUCCCAACAAUAGUGAAUUCAGCACAAUGUAUAGAAUUUUAGUAAGAACCCUGAUUUGCUUAAAUGUCCUAAACACAUGGCCAGAAGGAUGAGGAGAUGACAUAUUUCUUGUUGAUCAAGCACAACCAUUUCAGUGGAGAAAAUGCACUACAUUUGGUCAGACCAUUUAUCUUCAGUUGCUGGAAUAAUACUGUCUUUGGAAAGACUAUAGGUGUUAGCAAAUUGCCAAACUGUGAAUCAUUAAACUGUCAGAAGCAUUUGACUUGUCUGUUUUUUAACUUCUUGUUGUCAAGUGUGGUACAGUGGGGUUGAGAAAAGAAUGUAUUUUGGAUGACCAGGAUGACGAAUGUAUGAAGCUUCAUGUUUAUUUGUAAUGUCCUUUUUAUACUUAGGAAUUGCUUACAUAUGUAUCUGUAUGUAAAUAAAUGUUUAAUCCUUUCCA